CGGCGGGGAUGGCGGCCAUGGUGGCUGGCGCGCGGGAGCGCGGGGAGCCGGGCCGCCGGGCCGUGUACUUCUGCGGGAGCAUCCGCGGCGGACGCGAGGACCGGGUGCUGUACGAGCGGAUCGUGUCGCGGCUGCGGCGCUUCGGGGCCGUGCUCACCGAGCAUGUGGCGGCCCCCGAGCUGGGUGCGCGCGGGGAAGAGGUUGCUGGGGAUGACAGGCUCAUCCAUGAGCAGGACCUGGCCUGGCUGCAGCAGGCAGACGUGGUCGUGGCCGAAGUGACCCAGCCAUCCCUGGGUGUAGGCUAUGAGCUGGGCCGGGCCGUGGCCCUCAAUAAGCCAAUCCUGUGCCUGUUCCGCCCGCAGUCUGGCCGAGUGCUUUCAGCCAUGAUCCGAGGAGCAGCAGAUGGCGCGCGGUUCCAGGUGUGGGACUACGAAGAGGGCGAGGUGGAGGCCAUGCUGGAUCGAUACUUUGAGGCUGAUCCUCCUGAGCAUGUGGCUGCCUCCUCUGACCCAACUGCUUGACUUAACCCCACUUUAUUAAAUUCUUUGAAUCCUAGACUCUGCUCUAGUACUAUUCCUGCCCCUUAGCCCCAGUACCAAAUUAAAAGGUAUGUUUAAAAUUCUAA